ACUUAUAAAAAAAGGCCUCCUGUACUCGAAGUGUAGAGCAGUUAGAGCUUAUUUACUUAGCCUUCUUGACUGAUCGUGCAACGGAGGACAUCCAACAUGAUCCCUACAGUUACACUCAGCACCAGAGCACAGAUGCCCAUUGUGGGUCUGGGAACGUGGCAGUCGGAGCCUGGGAAAGUCAAUGAGGCUGUAAAGGUGGCUAUAAGAGCUGGGUACAGGCACAUCGAUGGUGCCUACCUUUAUGAGAACGAAGCAGAAAUCGGGGCUGGGAUUUCUGCCAUGAUUAAAGAAGGAGUGGUCAAGAGGGAGGAGCUGUUCAUUGUCAGCAAGCUAUGGUCCACCUUCCAUCUUCCCGGUCUGGUGAGGAAAGGUUUUGAGAAAACUCUCCGCGAUCUGCAACUGGACUACCUGGACCUUUAUCUGAUGCACAUGCCUAUCGGAGUCAAGCCUGGCGAUACGCUCUUUCCUCUGGAUGAAGAAGGCCAGAUCAUUCCUGAUGGCAGCAAUUUCUUGGACACUUGGGAGGCUAUGGAAAAACUGGUGGAUGAUGGCUUAGUCAAGGCUAUCGGCAUCUCCAACUUCAACAAAGACCAGAUUGAGGCGAUACUCAACAAGCCAGGCCUCAAGUACAAGCCCGUUAACAACCAGAUUGAGUGCCAUCCAUACCUGACCCAGGAGAAGCUGAUCAACUACUGCCACUCAAAGGGCAUCUCAGUGACUGCCUACAGCCCCCUGGGAUCCCCCGAGAGACCCUGGGCUUCAUCUGACGAUCCCACUCUGAUGCAAGAGACUGUGAUUAAAGACAUUGCUAAGAAGUACAACAAGUCUCCAGCACAGGUUCUCUUGAGGUUCCACACCCAGAGGAACGUCGCUGUCAUUGCUAAGUCAGUAACACCUCAUCGGAUCAAGGAAAAUUUACAGAUCUUUGACUUUAAGUUGAGUGACAGCGACAUGAAGACCCUGUUGAGCUUGAAUAAGAACUGGAGAGGAUUCGAUUACCCAUGGGCCUCGAAACACAAAGACUACCCCAUGAAUGCAGAAUACUGAAUACUCAGACCACAAGCUGGACAAUGCAUCCUACUGAAACACUGCUCUUCAAUAUUCACUGCUGAAUUCAUGAAAUAAACAUUAUCUGUUUUGUGGUUAAAUAAAAUGUCACAUAUAUAAACUGA